AGCCACGAUGAGGAUAGUAAGACCUCUGAGCCCGGGCAAAAGAUUUUCGGAUUUGACAGCCAGACAUGGCUAACGCACCUCAUGGGGGAGUACUGAAGGAUCUUGUCGCUCGGGACGAGCACAUAUCCGAGCAUCUCCAGGCGGAGGCUGCUACACUCAGGGACAUCACUCUCACCGAGCGCCAGUUAUGUGACCUGGAGCUUAUCCUAACUGGUGGCUUCAGUCCCCUCGAGGGUUUUAUGAACGAAUGUGAUUAUAACAGCGUUGUUGAUACCCUACGGUUAUCCGAUGGCACCUUGUUCCCAAUGCCUAUUACCCUAGACGUAUCAUCGGAUGACAUCAAACAAUUAGAGCUAAGCCCUGCAACUCGUAUAGUACUUCGUGACCCCAGAGACGACGAAGCCCUCGCAAUCCUUACUGUCGAAGACAUCUACACUUACGACCGCGUGAAGGAGGCGAUUCAAGUUUUCGGUGCAGAUGAUCCUGCCCACCCCUCUGUUGCUUACCUCCGAAACCGUGUCAAAGAAUACUACGUCGGUGGCAAGGUACAAGCUAUACAGACACCCGCGCAUUUCGACUAUGUUGCUUUCCGGUAUACUCCCGCUGAGCUCCGUGCGCACUUUAAAAAGCUAUCAUGGCGAAGGGUGGUCGCUUUCCAAACCCGCAAUCCCAUGCACCGUGCUCACCGCGAACUCACCGUACGCGCAGCGAGACAACAACAAGCAAAUAUUCUUGUUCAACCCGUCGUUGGACUCACUAAACCUGGAGAUGUUGACCAUUAUACACGUGUGCGCGUGUACCAGGCUAUCAUGGCGAAAUACCCGAACGGAAUGGCUCAUCUCGCUCUUCUUCCUCUUGCUAUGCGCAUGGCCGGUCCUCGUGAGGCUCUUUGGCAUGCCAUCAUCAGAAAAAAUUUCGGUGCUACCCACUUCAUCGUUGGCCGUGACCAUGCGGGUCCAGGUAAGAACUCACAAGGCAAGGACUUUUACGGUCCUUAUGACGCCCAAGAGCUCGUGGAAAGGUUCAAGGAUGAGCUACAGAUCGAGAUGGUACCAUUCCAGCAGAUGACUUACGUACCCGCCACGGACGAAUACGUGCCAGUAGAUGAAAUCCCAGACGGCACGCAGACUUUGAACAUAUCUGGGACAGAGUUGCGCAGGCGGCUGAAAACUGGGGCAGCCAUUCCUGAUUGGUUCAGUUACGAGGUUGUAGUAGCAACACUGCGCGAAAGUUAUCCACCUCGGAACAAACAAGGUUUCGUGCUCUUCCUUACCGGGUUGUACAAUUCCGGGAAAGAUGCCAUCGCAAAGGCACUCCAGGUAGCUUUGAAUGAACAAGGCGGACGGAGUGUUUCUCUUCUUCUCGGAGAGUCUAUAGGAGAUGAUUCGAACCCAAAGCUGGACCUUACGUCAGAGGAGAGGCAUGAGAACCUGCAGAGGAUUGCGUUCGUGGCGAGCGAGUUGGCCCGUGCAGGAGCUGCGGUUAUUUCUGCGCCGACGGCUCCUGCGGAACGUUCGAGGGCACUCGUGAAGGAGAAGAUUGUAUCAAGCAGCGGGGCGGGUGGCAACUUCUUCCUCGUCCACGUAGCAACACCACUCGUGCACUGCGAAAGGACGGACCGCCGUGGACUCUACGCGCAGGCGCGUAGUGGGGUAAUCUCUGGCUUCGUUGGCGUCGAUGUGGAAUACGAAACGCCCAAACAGGCGGAUUUGGUUGUCGACGUUAGUGUCCAGACCAUACCAGCCAUUGUACACAGUAUCAUCCUCCUACUGGAGACCAGUUCACUGAUAUGAUGCACCUGACAGUAAAUGUGUCGUUGAACUUGGUUUGCUAUAUAAAAUAUGCAGCGGCGAUCUUACUACGAUAUCUUAUAAUACUAUGGGCCAUCGCAGAAAGUAACAUGUGUAUAGCACAGAUGCAGUUUUCCGUAAACACGAAAUACCAUUCAGUAGCCAUGGACGAGACUGAACAGGUUUCGGGGUGGAUCCUGGAACAAGUCG